UUCGCGGACGCUCACUUCCGGCCUUUGUGGCGGGCCGCCCCGGUUCGGCGGCGGCCUUUUCUGCUGCCGCGGGCUGCGGGACGGAGGGAGGGAGGCGACGGGUGGGCUCCCCGGCUGGCGGCCUCCUGCCCGGCGGCGCUCGACCCAGAUAGGCGGCGUGGCCCAGGUGCUCAGGCGCUCACGGUUUAACGCCUAGUUACUUCUUGCAACGUUAAGAGAUGUUUGCCCCCGUGUCUUGAGAGCCGACGCUGACCCGCCUGCCGCAUGUGUCUGGUACCCGACCAGCGGCUCUCACUACUCCUCGGCGGAUCGCGUGCCUUCUAACCCUAGCUCAGUGCCGCAGCGUUUGCCUGAGACCCGCAGAGCAUCAAAUGAAAGAGAUUACUCAAAGAGCUCUGAAGUGCAGUGCCAGUUGUAGCGAGUUUGGGGCUAAGCUGUAUCAGCCAAGAAUGGCUGUGGAGACCAGAGCAGUUUCAACCGUGGUAUCUCAGAACCCUCAGGAACAGAAAUUAAUACUGGUGAAAGUAGAAGAAAACCUUUCCUGGGGUCAGAAAUUUAAGCAGAAUGGGAGGACCCACUCCUGCCAAGAGCUGUUUCGUCAGAAGUUCAGAAAGUUUAGCUACCAGGAAACACCUGGGCCCCGGGAGGCUCUGGGCCGACUCCAGGAGCUCUGCCAUCAGUGGCUCAUGCCAGAGUUGCACACAAAGGAGCAGAUCCUGGAACUGCUGGUGCUGGAGCAGUUCUUGAGCAUCCUGCCUGAAGAGCUGCAGAUCUGGGUUCAGCAACAUAGUCCAAAAAGCGGCGAGGAAGCUGUGACCCUGUUGGAGGAUUUGGAGAGGGAAUUUGAUGAUCCAGGGCAGCAGGGAGCAGCAGUGCCAUGGAAGGAUUUGACAUGUCUUGGAGCAUCCCAAGAGUUAACAGACAUCCAACUCCAGCCGUUAAAGACACAGCUGAAACCCUGGGAACCUUGCCUUUCCCCAAAAAGUGAUUGUGAAAACACUGAAUCAGCAACAAAGAACAUACCUGGAGAAAAAGCACCAGGACUUCCCCAGGAAACUUCAUUUGGAGGAGUUAGUGAACAGGACAGCAAUGUAGAGUGGCAGCAAGGGAGUACCACAGCGGGGAAAUUCAGAGUACCGCCGUCCCAGGGGGGUGGUCUUAGUCAAGUGAUCUUCACACACAAAUCUCUGGGAAAGAGAGACCAUCAUGAGCCUCAGAGAAGGUUAGUGCUGAGCACAAGCUCUAUAGCAUGUCAGAAAGCUCCAGAAGAGAGACCUUACAGAUGCGACGCAUGUGGGCACAGCUUCAAACAGCAUUCCUCUCUUACGCAGCACCAGAGGAUCCAUACUGGAGAAAAGCCCUAUAAAUGUAACCAGUGUGGGAAGGCCUUUAGUUUGAGGUCCUAUCUUAUUAUUCAUCAGAGAAUUCAUAGUGGUGAGAAAGCAUAUGAAUGUAGUGAAUGUGGGAAAGCCUUCAACCAGAGCUCAGCCCUCAUUAGACAUAGGAAAAUUCAUACUGGUGAGAAAGCUUGCAGAUGUAAUGAGUGUGGCAAGGCAUUCAGUCAAAGUUCCUAUCUCAUUAUACAUCAAAGGAUCCACACUGGUGAGAAACCCUACCAGUGCAAUGAAUGUGGGAAGACUUUCAGCCAAAGCUCAAAGCUCAUCAGACACCAGAGGAUUCACACAGGAGAGAGACCCUAUGAAUGCAACGAGUGUGGGAAAGCCUUCAGGCAGAGCUCAGAGCUGAUAACCCAUCAGAGGAUACAUAGUGGGGAGAAACCCUAUGAAUGUAGUGAGUGUGGGAAGGCCUUCAGUUUGAGUUCAAACCUCAUCAGACAUCAGAGAAUUCAUAGUGGGGAGGAACCUUAUCAGUGUACAGAGUGUGGCAAAACCUUCAAAAGGAGCUCAGCCCUUGUUCAGCAUCAGAGAAUCCAUUCUGGAGAUGAGGCUUAUAUAUGUAAUGAGUGUGGGAAGGCUUUCAGGCACAGAUCAGUCCUUAUGCGCCACCAGAGAGUCCACACUGUAAAGUAAUGUGAAUACAGUGAGUACCAUAACUACAUAAGUCAGAUUUAUAUCUGCUAGUCGAAAGGAUUGAGAGCAAGAUAUAGUGAAGUAAUAAAUGUCUAGGUCUUGAGUCAGCCUGACUUUAUGCAGCACUUACAAGUGUUAGUGCACAUUGUCCCUUGAAAGCUUUUCCAGUGACGAAUCAGAAUAUCAUGAAAAGUCAUUGCUUCCAACUUUUCUCUUGCCAUUAGGAAUACUCAGGACAUGGAAAAAUGGGAAUUUAAUAUUGACACCUCAUUUUCCAUGCAAAUGUCCUCUGGUACAGUAACCCAGGCUCUGACUGCAUCCAAUUGUCUGUGCCAAAAUUGAGGAUGGUAAGGACAGUGUGAAGGCUUUUUCGUCAGUAUUGCCAAAGUUUUACUGACCAAUUACGAACAGUGACAGGACAGUAAGACAGAUGGGGAAACAGUUUCAUCAGUGAUUUGAUGAGCACAGAGUAGGUCACAAAUGAAAAGGUGGGAAGAAGGAAUACAGACUGGCCUGACAGUUUUUGAAUGCCUGCUUUGUCUAAUCACUAGGUACAAUGGAAAUAAAAGUGGCUCAGUGGCCCUGGUUUGAUCAAUGCUGUUCUUUUAAGGAGGCCCUGCCUCAACCUUGGAGCAGGGAGAAAAAAGUGAGGAAGAGAGGCAGGCCAAGGAACUUCCCAGUAGAGGGAGCAGCAGACAAGGGCCAGGAAGAAAGUCUGAGAAAUCAGGCUGUUUUGUGUGGAGCAGUCCUGUUGGGUUCUCUUUAAGUAGAGUUGUGUCUGUAAGAAGCAUGGAUAUAGCCAGAAUUCUGAAGCAGUAUCUAUAGUAAAAUAGCCAGUGGAGAAGUUUGUUACAUAAAACCUAAGUCCUUGAGACUUGGGAUGGUGAGGAACUUUGUGUUGGUCUGUUGUGACCCCAGGGGAAAGGUUAAUAGUUUCUUGCCCAGCCUGCAUAUUAGGCUAAGCCCAGUGCAGGAACAGAACUCAGAAGGUGCCCAACCUGGAGGUGGAGUUGAGUUCUGCAUUUUCCUCUCCUGCACAGAUGCCUCCUUUGGUCCUUAGGACUGUGGGUGCUGCAGUUGACUCCUUCCUGAUUCCUAGGCUCCAGGUCAGGCUGCUGUGGCUGCUGUGCCAUUUGUUCAAGGGCUGCAACUGCAGGGAUGCUGGGCAGUCCCUUGGGCCCAGGUGUUAAAGACGUGUCAGUUGCUGUAUCUGUGACUUACUCUCCAGGCACCUCACACAUGCUCUGCUUUGUUCUAGCAGCAGCAUUUCACAGGAUUUUGUGCACUGUUAAAGUUCACGCUGAAGGGGCAUAACGUGAUAUCAAAAGUAAUCAUGGUCCAUUCAGAGGCCACCCUUUUCUGAGGGACCCAGAAGGGAAAGUUGCUUAGACUGGUGCUUCUCAGUGUAACCUAGAAAGGUGUACAGGUUAGUCAGCAGCUUGUUAUAUGAUAUAUCUAAUCUGUUGGAGUUGUAACACACCUUACCAAAUAGAAGUCUUGUGAGAAUGUAGAAUUCUGUGCAUGGGAAAAGAGUUCUUGAGAGGUAAAUGCAGAAGUAAUGCUCCUGUUGGGGCACACAGAUGACAGUGCACUAACCAGCAAGAGUGGCAGGUGCUAAGUGCCCGUGCUUGGAGAAAAUGUAAAAAAAGCAAAGAGGUAGGGUCAUUUGGGAAAGGUGGCAAACUAACAAAAAAACAUAGAGCUGUUCAGCUCUUAACUUUCCUCUUUGUAAAGAAAGACCCAAACACGCAAAAGGAUAGGACAGAUGUAGGAUUGGCAAGACAUACAUCACAAAAGGGACAUUCUUUAUAUAGAGAGUGCUUACAUAUUUGAACAGGAAACAAUAGAAACUUGCUAAGGGCUUUGCAAUUAUGUAUUCAUUAUUUCUCAGAUGGCCCGUAUUUUGCGCUUGAGGAAAUGAAGGCUUAGGAUCAUGGCUUACUCAAGGUCUUAGAGCUGAAAAGUGGUGAGGUCAGCCUUUAAGCCUAGGCAGUAGGAAUCCACAGCCCUACUGUAGAGCCACUUCUCUAUACUGUCUCCCAGCACAUGAAAGUGUUCCAGUAGAAAAAGUAAGCAGUCACAAAAGAAUAAAUGCCAAGAGAUAAUAAAUGUUCAGCCUUGCUGGAAUUUAAAUUGUGUAUUAAUGCAAGAUGGCAUUUUUUCCUUCAUCUAACAAAAUUCAGGGACAUUGAGACUUAUGCUGCUUGUGAGAUGUGAGUAGAUGCUGUCUCUGGCAAUCUGUACCAGAAGCCUUAAGCUACUGCUUUCUAACAUAAAAUUUUUACAUGGAAAUGUGCUUCAGAAACAAUCAUGAAUGUAUACAAAAUCUUAAAACUAUUAAAUGGCAGAGCAUUUAUAUCUUAAAAUGUAAGACUACAAUCUGAUUCCAUGUAAGGAAUAUAUGUGAUUAAAAUACUGAAAAUAUAA